AUGGCAAUCCGAUCUCUUCUACAGCUGUGCCUUCUGAGCCCUCUCGUCUCUGUGGCUACCGCGAAGCCUAUCGUAGGGAAGAGAGGCUUGUUUUCGGACACUCAGAAGCUCGCUGACCCGACCUACGGCCCAGUCCCCGGACAGGACCCUAUCUUCACCACCUACUAUGGCGUCGAGGCACCUUUCCCCGGAAACCUGAGGCAUCCUGUCUUGCCCACCAAGGCCGGUCCGCCCGGAGAGGAUGAUGUUGUCUGGCAGAACUUGCUCUCCGCCGAAUGGGUCAUCUUCGACUUCUACCAGCAAGCUGUCGCCGCCUUCAACGAGACGGCUUUCAUCGAAGCUGGCAUGCCCAACACUACAUACAAGCGCAUCCAAGAAAUUCGAAACAACGAAGCCGGUCAUUUGCGCAUCUUCCAGAACCAGAUCUCUCCCACAUCAGUCAAGCCUGGCGCGUGCGAGCACCAGUACCCCUUCUACGAUCCCAUCUCAUUCUUAGCUCUCGUAACCGUUCUUGAGAUCUCCAGCAUGGCUUUCUUAACCGGAUUGGUGCAGGAUGCUAAGCUCUCUUCGUCGCAAGCCGCGAUGCUUGCUAUCGCCCAGACUGAAGCGCGCCACGAAGUAUGGAGCUUGAUCGAGAUCUGGAAGACGAACCCCUUUGGCGGCCCGGCUGAUACCGUGUUUCCCUAUGCCAACCAGAUUCUCGACACUACCAACGGUUUCAUCGUGCCCGGUAGCUGCCCCUCGGAGAACCCCGUGUACCCGUCACCGCGCCAGGGUCUGCCCGCCCUGAGCGCCGCCAAAAACACCACGUCGCUGACGCCUGGUUCUAACAUCGGUCUCGCAUUCACUGACCCUACCAACCAACCUGAGUUCGACAGCGACAAGCAGUACUACGCCGUCUUCUUCCACGGCCUCGCGAACAUCAGCGUUCCCAUCGACACAUCAUACUGGCCCGAGCGAGACAUCCGCGUCACCAUUCCCGAGAAAUUCGAGACUAGGGGUGUCAUAGUCGCAGUCGUUGCUGACGCCCCCGGCGCUCCGGCCAAGGAGAACGUCGUGGCUGGACCUGGUAUUAUCCUCGAACAGCCGUCCGCGCUUGGCACGAAGCUGCUGUAA